GUCUAGUUCGAUGACUGUAAAUGUUGUAGAGAUGAGCCGAUUAAUAGGUAUUCUCGUGUUUUCCUAGGUCGUGCGUGGGGAAGAGAUCGUGAUCAAGGACGUGCUUGGGGUCGUGACCAGGACCGUGGCGCAUGGAAUCGUGAUCAAGACCGCGGACCACGUGGUGGUUUUAACCGAGAGGAUGAUCGUGACCGUCCAGCAUGGGGUCGAGACCGUGACGGUGGUGAUCGGGGCCCAGGGCCUCGUGAUGGCCCUCCUCGUGAUGGCCCUCCUCGUGAUGGCCCUCCACGUGAUGGCCCUCCACGUGAUGGCCCUCCUCCCAGAGGUAAGUUGCUGCCCCUCACUUCUGUGUUGAUCAGUUGAUGGAGGUUGGGGGUAAAGAAGUGGCGGGCUUACAACUGCUCAGUGACUAAUUAUUGUUGCUUUUUUUAGGUGGGUUUAGGGAAGACGGUGAUUCCUGGCGUGGCAGCCGAGGUCCCCCUAGGGAUGAUCGUGGCCCACCUCCUCGCUCCGGUGGAGGCGACCGUUACCCAGAUGAUCAAGGUCCCCCACGACGUCCUGAUGACAGAGAAGGUGGGGGACGAUGGAGGAACCGAGAGGAUGAUAGGGACCCAGGACCAUGGCGACGUGAUGGACCGUCUGGUGGACGCUCUGAAGGUAUUUUCAUACAAUUAGAGAUGAUUGCUCGAAAUUGUAGUUUUUGGGAAGUAAUAAGCAAGCUCGAUACUAAAAAGUUUUAAUUUCAAAUAAAAUUGCAAAACUUUGUAAAAAUUGUGCAAAAUCUGUAAUCACGAUGCAAACAUUUCUACAUACUGUAUGCAGAAAGUUUUAUAUUUAACUUACCCAGGAAAUUUUUAUUUUGGAUUUUGCUGGCAGGAAGUGAAAUAUAUUUUCUUGGUUUAUUUCACUGUAGGUCAUGCUAGUGCUUACACUUGUAAAGAUAUGAGAAGUUUUUGAAAUGUAUUUGCGAGAAAAAGGACUCAUGUUUCAAUUUCCUAUCAUUUGUUUUAGGUCGUUCAUGGUCGGCGGCUCGUAAAGGGGGCAGCGGUGCCACUGGUGAUCGUGACCGGAAGCCAGAAGGGGAUAACAGUGAUGGUUGGACUACAGUUGGUGGUCGCUAGGUAUAUCUAGGUACAUAUGAAAUCAUAUUAGUAAAAUUAGCCGUUCGUUAAUAUCCGAGUAGACUAGGGACGUACUAUUGAAAGUUUGAGACAAAAAUUUAUUAUCUGGUAUAUAUUGUUAAACCAGGCAUGCCAGGUCUUAAAAUAUCCUCGAAAAAUCCAGUCAAUGAAAGAGCACUUCAAAAUUUAAAAUAUAACUUCUAAUAAACAAAAUGGAGAUACUCUUUGUUG